AUGGAACAAGGAUUUAUUAAGGGCAACAGUAUAAAUCUGCCUAAAAUCGACGUGUUGAUGCUGGGAGAGUUUUUAGCAUCAAAUAAGGACUUUUGUUCAGCAGAAUUUAGAAAUGUGAAAACUUCCAUGUCCUCCAGACCAUCAUAUGGCGAUGACGCUGUAAGUUACGUACAGCUUAAACGCGAAGGAAAUCUGUGCACAGUGAAAGGCAAAAUCUGCCCAGAACAUAAAGUCCAUGCAAAGUUGUAUGGAGUAACUUUAAUAGUGGACGAACAGCAAGAGGCAGUGAAAUCAAUAGAAUGUCAUGAUUGUGUGGCUUCGCUAGGACGCUGCAAACACGCCAUAGCUUUUCUGAUGUGGGUCCAUCGCAGGAGUGAGGAGCCAUCCUGUACGUCUGUUGAGUGUUAUUGGAUGAAAUCCAAACUUUCCAGGGUCGGAUCUACCCUAAAAUAUAUAACAGCCAAAGAAUUGUCCAAUGGUAGGCCUAGCUUGUCAUCAAAUACUUCAGUGUUUGAGGAGUUUUUAGAGGAAGGGAAGAGAAGAAAACUAACUAACUGUGAGGUACUAAAAUAUCAAGCCAACUAUGUUUUUGAUCAAAUAAAGAGUUUGUCUAUGCACAAAUUAGUUUUAAAAUAUAAAGAGAGAUCCUGCGAUACAUUUUUGGAGAAAAUGGUAUUAACUGAUACUGAUAUCAGUAGUAUUGAAAAAGAGACAAGGGGUCAACAUAAAAGCAGUCUCUGGCACGAGUUGAGAUACGGCAGGAUAACCGCUUCACGGGCAUAUGAGUUCAGUCGGUGCAAAACCAGUGAUGGAACAUUAAUCUCGUUAAUAAUGGGUGGAAAAAUUCCAGACACACUGGCCAUGAAACGUGGUAGAAUUUUAGAAGAGGAAGUAAGGAAGACUGUGAGUACCAAACUGGGAAAAAAAAUUAAUAAGUGUGGUUUAAUGCUUUCUGAAAACUAUCCCAUGAUAGCAGGAUCACCUGAUGGGAUCUGUGAAAACAGUAUUAUAGAAAUUAAAUGUCCUAUGCAGCUACAAAUGUAUGUAACAGGACUUAAAAGAGGCUACUAUUGUGUAGCUGAUUGCAACUACAGUGCGAAUAAAAAUGUACAAAUAAUAAGUGUCUCAUAUGAUGAAAAAUAUGUAUUGAAAUUUCUAAAUGAUAUAGUUUUUUCAUGGAAAAAUAAUGUUUAUCCAUUAUUAUAUCAAAGCACUCUAUAG